UGCGCUUUACAUAUAUGUGAAAUAAUAAUAAAAAAGAGGAAAUAUUCAAAUUUUUUAAUUGAAAAAAUAAUGUUUAAAAAUUUAAUCAAAUAAAUUUUAAUUAUUUAUUAUGAUGAUUACAUUUUAAUCAUUACAAUAUAAAUUUCAUUGAAGAAAUUAUCAGAUAUUCAUCAACAUUUAUUCAACGAAUCAUUUAACAAUUAUUAUUAUUUAACAAUAUUAUAAUUUUUAACAACAUAAUGUCCGAUCCUUUACCGAUAAGUGAACAACCACGUUGUCAAGAACAACAACAGCAACAAUCAAAUCCGCAACAACUACAACAAAGGCAACAUAAAAUUAAUAUAAUAACAAAUCCGAUUGCAAAUACAUCUGAAUCAUGUAAAAAUACACCAAAUAUUGGACGUAAACAUCAUCAUGGUAUUAUACAACAAGAGCAAUUACAAUAUCAACUACAUCAUCAUUUUCAACAUAAUAAUCUUAUAUUUAAAACUGGUAGUCAUAGUGCACAUAAUUCCCCAUUACCGCAUAGAAGACUUGAUAAAUUAGAAGGUUGUAUACGAGAUAAACCAUCACCAUUAUGUGGUAGACGUUCACAUUAUCCAAAUGAUUCAGAUGAUUGUAGUAGCUCUGUUGAACCAUCACCACAAUUAAUACGUAAAGCAACAGCAAUUGUUAAUCAAAAUAUAUCAAGACUGGUAACAUCAUCAACUACAAUAACAGCAACAACGCAAUCUACAACAAAUAAUUUAAAUAAUAGUAAUUGUUCAUCCUGUAAUACAUUAAAUUCAUCACAAAAUUUAAAUCGUCAUUUAAUAUUAAAAUCACCAGAAAAUCAUCAACAAUCACAACAACAGCAUCACAUUCAUCAUCAAUUAUAUCAAAAUGAUGUUCAAGAUGGUCCAAGACGUCGUGUUGAAUCUGAUUGUACAAAUUGUAAUCGACAUUCUAGUAACAAUAGUAAUAUAAAUAAUUGUUCAAUACAUUCACAACAAUUACAACAACAAAAUUUAAGUGGAAACUAUCCCGGUUCAAAUAGUACAACACCAAAAGUUAAAAGAAAAGAUUUUUUCUUUACAUCAUCACCAGCAAAAAGUUGUAUUGGUGAACCGGGUGUAUUUAGUUCACCAAUACAUCAACAACAACGUAUACAUAAUAAAGAAAAUCCGGUAAAUAAUACCGGGACACAAAUAUUUUGUGCUAGCCCAGCUAAAAGUAUUAUUGGUGAACCAGGAACCUUUGCAUCACCAAUACGUAAUUUACGUGGUUCAACUAGUCCAAAUCCAUUAUCAAAUGAUGAUGCAACACAUCAAAAUCAAAUUGAAAAUAUAUCAUCUGAUGAAAUUGUUGAACAACCUCAACCAGAUCAGACUAUUGUGUCGGGUUGGUUGAAAUUCAGGGACAACAAGAGGUGGAAAAUCCGUUGGGGUGUUGUGACAAAAUUAUCACCGGCAGCAGGUAUGAGCUUAAAGUGAUUUAUAAUUGCAGAAAUGAGUAAGACCCAUACUAAAUAUUUGGUAUAACAUAAUAAAAUAGGAGAAAAUCAGUUUUAUUCACUGAAAAAUUUC